AUGCUUCUGUUACUCGAUCUACCGAUAGAGAUCUUCCAGCGUAUCUUGGGCGCACUGGUAAAGAAGCACGGUAUACCAGAGGCGUGGACGGCUCGAGGAACCAAUACGAAGUUCUGCCAAUACGUAACGUACGAGGUCCUCGCCAACCCCUCCCUUUACGCCUACAGCAAGACGCCCGGCGGCCGUAAGAUUCUCAAGAACUGUCUCGCCGACUUCCUCUUCGUGCGAAGCUCGACGCUGAACGGUUUUGUACGCAGCCAUGUGCCGGACUUCAUCCGCGAUGUUGUGCGAGCUAUGAGUCAAUGGACCGCCAACGACACGGAAGAGACUGCACUUAGGAAGGCGCUGUGUGACCUGUUCAUUCACAACCACAGCGACGCGUUCAGAUGCGUUACCACUGACAUCAACAAGUUGGGACACUACAUACCAAAUAGAAUUCUGGCCACUGAUACCGCCAAUCUGGUUGCUGCAGCCGCCGCGACCGGAAAGCUCGACGCGCUGAAACAUUUCGCCGGCGCCAAGAAACAUCAGCUGUGGUCGCAGUCACCGGCCUUUGGUUACCCACUUGACGUCGCAGUGUAUGCGGGCCAAGAUGCCGUCAUCAAGGCAUUGACUCAACAAGCAAUUACCAACCAGAGCCGAGACAUCGCCGGAUACUCUUACAAGGAGCAUCUAUCCUUCCGACAAGCCAUCUGCACUGCUAUCGAACUGGAAGACCACUCUACGAUCGAAUACCUCCUGGCCAAGUACAUCACCGCGUUCGGCUCAGCAACCGAAGGCUGCACGACAGCCUGGCUGGAUAAGGCGAUCGACAUCAGCGACGAAGAAACACUCAAGCUCUUUCUUACCAUCCCUUCACAAUCUGGUCCAUCAACCAUCUACACCGCCUUCGAAACAGCGUGCCGUCUUUCGAAGCCAGAUCUCCCCCAUUUGCUCUUCGGUCCUCAAGUUGUCAAUCACAUUCACGGCUCCACGUACCCCCUGCUCACCGCCGUCAACGCAUGCGCAACACCACAGGCUGGCAGUUUCAUCAAAGAGCUACUCAAGCUAGGCGCAGACCCAAACGGCCCUGUGUACCUAGCCGGUAUCGAGCGACCUCUCCAAGCGGCAAUGCGCUACGGCCGAAGCAUCGCUUGUCUGGUUUUACUUGAAGCUGGCGCUAAUCCGCAUUUGGUAGCAAGUACGGCAUGGGUCAAGAGCGUGAAGAAGACGUACUCGGAGGAUACGAGGGCAGGCAGGGUCUUGAGGAAAGCCCUUGAGACUUGCGAGGUGCCUUCCGUCGCUAGGGACGAGGACUUUCUUGUUGAGGUGACGGGGGAGGACGGGGAAGUGGAGAUGGACGGGGAUGACGAGGUGGAGAUGUUGGACAUUUAG